CGCGUCAUGAUGACGUCGCACAGGAGGAAAAAUAACGCUUCAACUUCAAACAGCUGAACGAAACCAGCGAGUGAAGUUUUUACAUUCGUCUUGGUGUCUCGUAAAAGUCUAUUUUGAACUUAAAUUAGACUGUGCUCCGGUCUGAGAGCUCAAUCCAAACACAAAGCACUGGCUCACGGUGUUGGUCUUAACGAGCCUUCGUCAUAUGUCGACUGUUAAAAAGAGUUUGCAGCAUCUGCUAACAACAGCUUGGCUAGCUCAGCGAGCUAACUGGCAGACUGCCGUGACGGUUAGGUAGUCAGUAGCAGAAGGCUUUGAAGCUGGCCCGACGGCGUUAAUGAUUUGUGGAACAGAUGAUUGCCCAGUGAGCGAAGACAAGACGGCGGACACUUGAAGUAUUUGGCAGUUGAGAAAAGCAACGUUUGCAUCAGGCUAACGUUAACGCUCAGGUUAAUAGUUCAGCUAACAGUAGCUAACAGUGACGUUGGGUGACUCAGCCCAGGUGCUGUAAGAAACAAUUGAAGGUGCUUCGGUACAUGUACUAGGGAUGGCUAGUAAUCCGGAGGCAGGCUUUACCUGUCAGACUAAUGGAGAAAAAACACAGGGACGAAUGUCCAGUUCUGGCCGCUCAUGUCGCUACCAGUCCGAGUCCGAAUCCGAUGUUGACCCGACCGUCAAAUGCUUAGCACGGCUGUGCAGCAGGGACGGGGACGAACGAGCAGCGGCUCUGGAGGAGCUGAGCCACGGGGUUCAGCUGUGUUUGGGAAUGGACCGGUCCCGUUCGGCACGGCUAAGUAAAGAAACACUCCUGCAUCUGCUUCGGCUGUCCCGGUCGUGUCCAUUGCUGGAGGUGCGGCGGAGAGCAACCGAUCUGCUGCGAACCGCACAGGAACAAGGAGUUGAAGUCCCUCGAGCUCUGGUGUCGGGUCCAAGUGCUUUUAUCUACCCAAAAGAGAUGAUGAAAGAAGGACCGGACCAGGACAUCCUCAUCGAAUCUUUUCUUUCAUUGGGUCGUGUGGACCACAUCACCAUGGUGAUGGCACUGCACCCUGCUUACCUCAGCUGCUUCCUGAAGACCCAGCAUGCUUUGUUGGAGCUGGACGGCCCCUUGCCUCGACACUGGAGACAUUACAUUGCUGUUAUGGCUGCAGCUCGACACCACUGCAUGUACCUGGUGCAGCAGCACAGCGCAGGCUUCCUAGAGGCUGGUGGGGAGGAGAGCUGGCUGAGCAGCCUCGAGCAAGCUCCUACCAAACUCCGCAGCCUGCACACGCUCAACAAGCUGCUGGCACACAGACCGUGGCUCAUCACACAGCAGCACAUCCAGGAGCUGGUGUGUCCCGGAGCAGAGCCUCGCUGGUCAUUGGCUGAGCUCAUACAUGCUGUGAUCCUGAUGGCACAGGCUCACUCACUCUGCUCGUUUGUGUGGGGCUGCGGCUUAAACCCUGAACCCGACCACAUUGGUGGUUAUACCUUCCAGCCAUCAUCACCCAGUCACCUUCCUCGUAGCCCUCAUAGCCCCGCUCAUGAGGAUGGCAGGCAAGAGUUGGUUGACGGGGCAAUGGAGGUGGAGGUGUUGAUGAAGAGGAUGGUGGAGCUUCAGCAGCAGCAGGAGGAGGAGGAGUGUACACAGGAGGAGAUGGUUACUCGCUUUGAGAGGGAAAGGAGUGAGAGCAUACCAACAGCGGUGGUGCGGGGAGCACCGCCUGACCUGGUGCUCCGUCUUGUGGAGGAUCCGGACUUCAGAUACGAAGACUUUGCCCCCAGAGGAGAGCAGGCACCACCCACCAUGAGAGCUCAGGACUAUUCAUGGGAAGACCACGGCUUCUCUCUGGUCAACAGGCUACUGCCGGACAUGGGCCAGUUCCUGGAUGAAAAAUUCCAGGUUGUGAGCAACUUGACCUACCACAGGAUUGCCAUGCACGAAGGUGUGGAUACGCACACCCUGAGGAAGGCUCUGUGGAACUACAUCCACUGUCUGUACGGGAUACGCUACGAUGAUUACGACUAUGGCAGCGUGAACGUGCUGUUGGAGCGCUCUCUGAAGGUGUUCGUCAAAACCAUGGCCUGUCACCCCGAGCAGACCACAGCACGUAUUUACCACGCCUUCUGGAGACACUUCAGGCACUCUGAAAAGGUUCAUGCUAACCUGAUAGUGAUGGAAGCCCGGCUACAAGCAGCUCUUCUUUAUACCUUGCGAGCUAUCACACAUUACAUGAGAUGACACAUUCACACACAUACUUUUGCAGAUGCUGAGCCAGCUGUGACGUAUCACAGCCCAAUAGAUAACACAACACAGGUAGACAAUCUUGCACACACACUACAGUGAAUGUUUCUAUAUGCAUACCUUUUGUUUCAGUGUUAAUGUUCAAUGCUGCUUCACGACUGGGAUGUUGAUAUUUAAUUUUGUUACUUAUUUUGCACUGAAAUCGAUCAGGUUCUGUUUCUCCUCUUGAGCCUCAAGUGUUGUCCUUGAUAUCUUGCACAUGUUUUCUGUCACACACGCAUAUCGACAUACUGCUAUCAUGCAUAUCUUCUAACUAAAUCAUCAUCAAGUGUUUCCUUUGCAGAAUUUUUGCUGUUUUAGCAAUUAUCUGUUCAGCCCCUGUUCAUCACACUCUGACUGCUCAUAUCUUCUCAUCCUCCUCAUGUCCCCUGUGUCUGCAGCAUACAGAGGCCGAGGUUAAAAAAAAAAAAAGACUAAAUAACUUGUAUUUUUUUAUAUACAAUUAAAAGUUACUUCUUAUCAGA